AUGUUUUCUGGUGUAAUACCAACAACAUAUCUUCAUGGUUCACUGAAUGUCGUUCAAUUUCCUGCCUGGUUUGGUUUCAUGCAACAGCAAAAAAAUACUGAUCGUCAUUUAAUUGAACUUGAAACACAUUGUUCUUUAAAAAUAAUGACAAUUGAUCGAAAAGAAUUUAAUCUUGAUUAUCUUCCCAUAUUUAAUUAUUUAUUUAAUAAUUUUUUACAAAAACAAAAUAUUAAAAAGUGUCUUGAACUAAUGAAUAAUUAUUAUUUUAAUUCAGAUGAUUUACAAUUGAUUUUAUCGAUGAGUUCAUAUCGAAAAAUGAAUAUAAAUAAAAACGAACUUGAUAGUAAAACAAAAACAUUAUUAACAAAAUCAUUAGAAAAACGACAUCAUCGUACACCUUUUAAACAAAUUGAUAUUAAUAAAAUAAAGCCUGGGAUGACAGGUGCUCGUGAAGAUGAUGAUGAUUAUAAUAUGACAAUAUCUGAUGAUGAUGAUGAUGAUAAUGAUAAAGAAAAUAUGAUUAUUGAUAAUGAUAUAAUUAAACCAAUCAAACAAAAUCCAAAACAACGAAAAAGAAAAUAA